GGAAGAGGCCACAUGUUUUCAAGGCAAUGUGCUUCCUAUCACCAAGCUAUGCAGUGUAAGCAGAUACACACCUGAUACAUAAACCCGGUUUUAAGCAGGACCGGCACAAUCCGUCAUCAUGGUGGUCUGCAAGCUCACACUCAGCGCUUUUGUGCUCCUGGCGGUCUCCAUCGGCUGCUGGGCCGAAAAGGAACUCUCUGUCUCCGAGCUCCUGUGGAGGGCGAACAAGGAUGUUGUGCGCACGGACGAAGAGCCCUUCGUGGUGGAUGACAUUGCUUAUGACAGUGAAAGUGAGAGAAAUGCUGACCAGUGCACGUCCAACGGCUGCAUGUGGCCCAAAUCGGCUGAUGGAAAGAUCUACGUUCCCUACGUCAUCGCCAAUCAUUACUGUAAGGAACUGAGGGGCUUCUUUGGGGGCUUUUCUGAUUGCUACUCGUACGUUGGCCGGCGGGGCUAUGCCCAGACCGUGUCCCUGGACCGGCAGGGCUGCAUCUACCACAGCACCGUUCAGCACGAGCUGCUCCACGCUCUGGGCUUCAACCACGAGCAGUGCCGCUCCGACAGGGACCAGCACAUCCGGAUCCUGUGGGAGAACAUUCAGUCAGGUUUGGCGUACGCCUUUGAUAAGAUCGACACCCUGAACAUGAACACCCCCUAUGACUACAACUCUGUCAUGCAGUAUCACAGGUAUGCUUUCUCAGCUAACAACAAACCCACCAUGGUGCCCAUUCCCAAUUCAAACGUUGCCUUCGGCACGGCCACUCAGAUGAGCAGUAAUGACAUCGCCAGGCUGAACAGACUCUACCAAUGUUAAAGUAAGGAAAUACGUCACAUUUGGUGUUAUUCAUACAUCAGACUGCAAAACACAAUUUUGGUGGCAUUGGCAAUAAAUCUUGAAAUACUAUACCCACUCAUAAAUGCUUUCUAUGUUUUUUUUUUUUCCUUUCUGGAACAUUUCCUCCAUAUCGAAUCACUUUCAAUUUCUUCUUGAAUUUCUCACAAUAAAACAUGCAUAAAAGAGCAAUAAUUUUCAGAUAUGUCAUUUGUUAACAGUUAUUGAAAAUCUGAAAGCAUUCAGGGACUGAACAUCAUUUUAGGAUCUUGUAAUGUACUGUUUUUUGCUGCAGUUACCUCACAUCUCAAGCAGAAUUGGAGUGGCUGAAUAUAAACUGUG